AUGCUUAUAGAAGAAAACGGAUCUCUUGAAGAAAAAGACACGGGCUCGGACGCCAACAUUGACAUUGACAUCGAUACUAACAGCCGUGAUCACAGAUUUGCAGACCCCAUCUUCGCCUUUACGAUUGGUACCUCCGCGGCGCUGAUUCGGAUCCGUCGCGAGGAACGAGAGAAACAUCCAGAGCGGGCGGGGGAGAUCGGGUUUGGGACUAUCGCGAAGACGGGGUCAGAUCGAGUCCGGAGAUGGUGGGCGGGUGAUUUUGAGGGUUUAUAAAGUCGGUGCUUUUCUUCUCUGCCUUGCGGUGUGAGAACGGAUGAUUUGAUAUAGGUUUGAGCAUGAUACUUGUACACUACACUACGAUAC